GAGGCUUGUUCUCUAAGCAUUUGGUCAGUGAGCCUUGCACAGGGGAGGAAGUGCUAGCAUGCAUACCUCAAGCUGUAGAGAGAGAGAGGGGCAGGGACAAGGGGAGUGACCACUGCACAUCCAUCAGAAGCCAGCCUGAUGCUUCCACCAGUCCAACCCCCACAUACAAGGAAAACAAGAUUGCAACCCUGGUGGUAAGGGGGUUUUAUGCUAGAAAUACAAAUUAAAACUUCAAGGCUUUCUUAUUUUUUAUUUUAUUUUUUUUCCCUCCCCUUCUUACAUCUGCAUUUAUUGUUUCCUUUGGAGAUUGGAAAUAGAGCAUCAUCCCUCUUUGCUAUAGUGAGUGUGUCCUCUGUUGCAGCAUGUGCAGAACUCUGUGCUGCUGAUCACAAACCAUGAACUGCUGCUUUCACUUGAAGAGAUUCCCCCAUUCAUCAGCUAAUACAGCAGAUCAAUGCUCCAGUAACCCAUCUGCUGCCAGUCUUACACAUAGGCAGGUUAAAUGAAUACCUGACGAAAGGGCCCACGUUUCGAGGCAGUGACAUUUGAUAGCUGAGAGGAAAAGUGGCUUUAAUGAAAAUCAACCUUUGGAAUUCCUGCUUGUGAAAAAUCCCAUUCCGCAUCUUGUGCUGGCACUAAAGACAUGAUCAGCAGCAGCAGUGUAUAUGAUGAAUUGGUCUCAGGAGUGAUAGCCUGCCCCGCCAUUCAUCGGAUGAGGUGAGACACCACUGCGGCAGGUGACUGGCUAAGUGGCCCUUCACUGCUGAGAUAAGGACAUCUCGAGUCGGUGGGACCGGAGAGUUUAGAGGCUUGAAGAUGCAGUGGACGCCAGAGCAUGCUCAAUGGCCGGAACAGCAUUUCGACAUAUCGUCAACCACAAGGUCACCGGCUCACAAAGUGGAAGCCUACAGAGGUCAUCUGCAACGCACGUACCAGUACGCCUGGGCCAAUGAUGAUAUAUCAGCUUUAACUGCAUCUAAUCUACUGAAAAAGUAUGCUGAGAAAUAUUCCGGUAUUUUGGAAGGAUCUAUGGACAGACCUCUUCUUAGUAACUACACUGAAGCCCAGUCAGGCCUGGUGAAUGGUCGAAAAAGCGAUGGCGAGCCUUGGCAAAGUUCUUUGAAUUCAGAGAACGUCUAUCCUAUGAACUGUGUUUCCGAUGUGAUUGCGGCAAGCAAAGCUGGAGUAGGAGCCGCUAUACCUCCGUCAGAUGUCUCUGCUAGCAUAGGCAGUUCUCCUGGGGUGGGCAGCAAUUUGUCAGAACCUAGUUAUUCCAGUAGUACAUGUGGAAGUCACUCAGUUCCUAGUCUACAUUCAGGGCUACCAUCUCAGGAAUAUGGAACAGGAUAUAAUGGCUCCUAUUUGCAUUCAAGCUACAGCAGUCAAUCUGCAUCUGCACUGCCAUCACCUCAUCCAUCUCCGCUUCAUAGUUCUGGACUCCUACAGCCUCCUCCACCACCCCCUCCCCCGCCGGCUCUUGUACCAGGCUAUAAUGGAGCCUCCAACCUUUCAGGCUACAACUAUCCACCUGCUGGAUAUCCUUCGCAGUCCAGUGUGGGAUCAGGAUACAGUCCUGGAAGCGCUCCUCCUCCCUCAGCUUACCUUCCUUCUGGUAUCCCUGCUCCUACUCCUCUUCCACCGACAACUGUUCCGGGCUACAGUUACCAAACACAUGGUUUGACACCAAUAACUCCUAGUUCAGCUAGUUCCCUCAAAAGAAAAGCUUUCUAUAUGGCAGGACAAGGAGAUUUAGAUUCAAGUUAUGGAAACUAUAGUUAUGGGCAACAAAGAACCUCACACAGCCCUAUGUACAGAAUGCCUGACACCUCUAUAUCCAACUCAAAUAGAGGAAAUGGCUAUGACCGAAGUUCUGAGCCUUCAUCCUUGGCAUUUAAGCCCACAAAGCAGCUAGCUCCUACUGAUCAGCAAAGAAAGUUUAGCAAUCAGUCAACAAGAGCUCUUACACCACCUUCAUAUAGCACUGGAAAGAAUUCAAGGUCAAAUGAAGCUUUUGGAAAAUACAACUCAUCUGCAAUCAAUGAACAUAGUGAAGAGCAUAGACAGCUACUCCCACACUCUCUGCAAGGCCCUGGACUUCAUACGGCUACCUCAUCCAACCACUCUGUGGACGAACAGCUGAAAAACACUGAUACUCACCUCAUUGACCUUGUAACUAAUGAGAUUAUCAACCAGGGACAUCCAGUUGACUGGGAUGAAAUUGCCGGCCUUGAUUUGGUAAAGGCAUUUAUAAAGGAGGAAGUGUUAUGGCCUGUCAUUCGAUCCGAUGCAUUCAGUGGACUUACGGCUUUGCCUCGGAGCAUACUUUUAUUUGGACCUAGAGGAACAGGCAAGACAUUGUUAGGCAGAUGCAUAGCUAGUCAGCUAGGUGCCACGUUCUUCAAAAUUACUGGCUCUAAUCUUGUCACAAAGUGGAUAAAUGAAGGUGAAAAAAUUGUCCACGCGUCGUUUCUUGUGGCAAGGUGUCGGCAACCUUCUGUGAUUUUUGUAAGUGACAUAGACAUGCUUCUUUCUUCCCAAGUGGGUGAGGAACACAAUCCAAUAAGCCGAAUGAGAACAGAGUUUCUUAUGCAGUUAGAUUCCGUUCUUUCAUCUGCUGAGGACCAAAUAGUUGUAAUUUGUGCCACAAGUAAACCCGAAGAAAUAGAUGAAUCUCUAAGGAGAUACUUCAUGAAGAGACUUCUUAUCCCACUUCCAGACAGCACAGCCAGGCAUCAAAUAAUAAUACAAUUGCUCUCACAGCACAAUUACUGUCUCAAUGACAAAGAGGUUGCACUCCUAGUCCAGCGCACAGAAGGUUUUUCUGGACUGGAUGUGGCUCGCUUGUGUCAGGAAGCUGUGGUUGGCCCUCUCCAUGCCAUACCACCCUCAGACCUCUCAGCCAUUAUGCCGAGCCAGCUGAGGCCCGUAACGUACCAAGACUUUGAAAAUGUAUUCUGCAAGAUUCAGCCCAGCAUAUCACAGAAAGAACUUGACACAUAUAUCGAAUGGAACAAAAUGUUUGGUUGCAGUCAGUGAUAAUAAACAUUUACAGUGAAUGCUGGCACACAAAUCUAGGGGAUCGGGAGCUGAGUCCCUUUCGGCAGUGGCCUAAAUGUUAAAGGUACCAAGGCAGCCACAAUAAACUUGCAUCUUCAGAGUAAUGGUAGACUUUAAUGUGCAUUAAAGAAGCCAAUGUUCUGAAUCAAAUGACAUGACCAUGAGCAUAUUUUAAUGCUUAGUUCUGUUUAAGGAAACCGACACUCGAAAAGAAGCAGGGUGGACAUAGGUUGACAUUGGAAAGACAUGAAUCCCGUGUAUUGAUUCCAUUCUGCUGUUCUUGAGAUUUAGUUGCUGUCAAGUGCCUCAAGUGGUGCUUUAUUAUUUUGUUUGCCUCACAAUUACAUUGGUGGCAUGUGCUAAUAUAAAGAGCUUUAACUUCAAACAUUAAUGGACUAUAGCGGAGCAGAUAAGUUGAAAGACGGAGAGCCAGAUUUUCUUGCCAUGUUAUGAGCAACAGUAUUCCUCAAUCCUGUCUGUUCUGCAGAAGGGAUAAGAAAAUUUAAUCUGGAACUUAAUUUCUGUAGUUUAUUUCUUUUAAUGUUCUGUCUGCAAAAAUGACAAACAAACAAAAAAAAAAACCUCAGGAAAGUUGAUUUGUACAGUACCUCAAAGGAAUGUGUUGAAAGCACUAUUUACUGCUGAGAGAGAUGGUUGGCGUCAUUGUUGCUUUAUAUUACAAAUGUAUGUUUACCUCAAAAAAAAAAAUUGGAAAGUGGCAUGGAAAAUUUACUUUGAAUGUAUUUGGUUGAUUCUAAAGAAAAUGGCUACUGUCUUGCCAUAUUAAUUUGUAACUGACUUCUCCCUAUGUAAAUGACACACUAUUCAGAUUGACCAUUUACGAUAUUAAAUGAAAGGCUUUUUUUUAAUAAGUUCAGAUGGUGCAAGUAUUCUUUAUAAAUAUAUAUAUUUACAGAGAUGGAAAAUUUUAUGACUGGAAUGAACUUGACAUCAGUCCCAACAACUGCGAAAAAAGAAAGGUUUAGUCAAAUUAACCACAACUGUUUUAUUAAAAACAAAAAAUCUAUAGAUAUAUAUUAACUUGUAACCAUUGACACUGUAGUUAGCCUUUAUAGUCCCUGGCUAUACAUUAGCGUCAACAUCAUAUGUUGUACAGUUUUGCAGUCGGCACAUUGGUUAAGAAAACCAGUUGUUGAAUUUGCAAAAUAAAAAAUUGUUGCUUACAGCAGACCAUAAAAAUUUUUCAGUUUAAGCCGGGCCCAAAUGAUAGCUUUGUUUAUGCUGUCAAUGAACAACCAUGACAUGACUGCAGUGGUUUCCUAUAGAAGUGACCGUGUGAUGGUUUUGAAAAUUCGACCUGGUGGGAUGUUUUUGAUAGUGUCCAAGGUUUUGUGCCAUUUUUGCUGUAGGAAACCAUUUCAGUGAAAGGGGUACGUCACUGUUCCAGUGUUCGGAACAUUAUGUUCCGAAUGCAGGAUGUGGGCUGCGGGGGGGUCGUGACAUCACGGCCACAUCCCUCACGAUGCCACGUCACACCCUCUCAAUGCAAGUCUAUGGGAGGGAGCGUGGUGACUGCCACGCCCCCUCUCAUAGACAUGCAUUGAGGGGGUGUGACGUGAUGACUCAUGGGGCGUGACCAUGACAUCACGUCCCCCGCAGCCCACGUUCAGAACAAAAUGUUCUGAACACUGGGGCAGUGGAGUACCCCUUUAUGGUCUUGGGCUACUGUAUGUUCACACAUUGUUUACCCCUCUUUUAUUUUUUACAAAAAAAUCUACCAUUAUUUAGCCAUCUUAUGGUUCAAGAGAGGGCCAAAAUUGUCGUUUUUAACUAUUGAGCUCAUUGGAAUCCACUGGACAUAGGGCUGGUAAUGCACAUAUUGGCCCAGAUUUAUUACUUAGCCUGAAACCUUAAUUGUCUGUUUUUUUUCCCAAAACAACCAAUAACAGCUCAACUUUUACUUUACAAGAGCUCGUUAAGACAUGAAAGUUGAGCUGUGAUUAGUUGUUAUGGGAAAAAUUAGACAAUUAGGGUUUCAGGCUGAUUGAUAAAUCUCACCCAUUGUAUUAUUUAACAACUGUUAGAAAAUGACUGCUGUCUUUUGAGUAAAAGAUGAAUAAAAAGGGGUAAAAAGACAGGACCAAAAACUGUGUGUGAACAUAACCUAUUUUUUUUUUUUUUUUUUUUAAAUAAAGAUCCCAAAAACAUUGCCAACUUUUUAAUUCUUCAUUACUGGGCUGAUGGCUGGUACACAGAAGACAUUUCAGCCUUCCAAAGUCAAGUUGAUACCUGGGCUGAGGACAUUCAGUAUUAGCAUUGCAACCAAAAUACAUGCAAACGUGUGAUGUAUUUAUGAACUUUUUUUAAUUUUUAUUUAAUAAAAAUAAAAAAUGUACUGUGGGGUUCUUGUAACUGUGUUUGGUCCAGAAGACAUGCAUUUCUACACCUUGUGACACAACACUAUUGUUCUACAUGUGGAAAACUCAAGUAGGCUUUCUAUAAACCGUAUGCCCUUCCUUUUCCGAAGAACUAUUUUCUUGACACUCUUUUCCAAACUGGAACAAUUUAGCUUUAUUGCAUUUAAUUAUACAACUAUUUAACAUUGGUUUAUUUGUUAUUGGUGAUCAAUAUGUGAAAUUAUUCCUUGAGUUAUUAAUAUUUUAUGGUUGCCACUAUGGGCUCCAAAGAGUUUAUUCUCUCUUUUUUUUUUUUUUCCCCCCUACAUUCUUUUUCCUAUGUAUGUUCACUAUAUUUUUUAACUGCUGUUUUUAAUACUUGUGACAUUUAUCUUUUCUCUUUCCCCCUAACUUGUACUGUCACAAUUUGAUGUUUAUUUUUGCAGUUAUGUUUUUUGUUGACCUAUAAUGACAGCUAAUUGAUGCUGGGUGAUAUAUUGGGGGGUAGUGUACAGAUUAUAGCUGUCUCUCGCCUGCCAACUCAAGAACAGGACAGCUCGGCUUUUUUGAAUGUAUUGUUUUGUUUACUUUAAAUGGAGACAGUGGCAAAGCUGUUCCAAGGCACUGGCAAAUUGAUGUACAUUUUAGACAUUUAAUAAAUGCACUGAACGUCGUACAGAGAAAUUCCAUUA